AUGAAACUACAGUCGUUGAUCGCUUCGUCCGCCCUCUUAAUAACGUCCGCUCUCGCUGCUUCGGCAUCCUCCUCUUCUUCCCAACCACCCUCUUCCUGUUCUAUAAGCUCGCAUGCUACAGCUACAGCGCAGAGCGAUUUGGACAAGUAUAGCGGUUGCGAAACACUGGUGGGAAACCUCACAAUUGGCGGUGGCUUGAAGACAGGUGCUUUGGCCAACGUCAAGAAAAUAAAAGGUUCGCUCACUAUAUUCAACGCUACAAAACUAACUUCAUUCGCUGCGGAUUCUUUACAGUCCAUCACGGAUUCUUUGAACCUGCAAAGUCUGACCAUUCUGACUUCUGCUUCCUUCGGGUCUCUGGAAAGCGUCGACAGUAUAAGUCUGAUUACUCUCCCCGCAAUUUCUAGUUUCACCUCCAACAUCAAAUCUGCUAACAAUAUCUACAUCUCUGACACGUCGCUGCAAUCUGUCGAUGGGUUUUCUGUUUUGAAAAAAGUCAACGUCUUCAACGUAAAUAACAAUAAGCUGCUGACCUCGAUCAAGUCUCCUGUCGAAGCUGUGACGGACGCUCUGCAAUUCUCGUUCAACGGUAACCAAACAAAGAUCAUCUUCGAUGACCUGGUUUGGGCAAACAAUAUCAGUUUGACCGACGUGCACUCUGCUUCUUUUGCUAGUUUGAAAAAGAUUAACUCUUCAUUGGGUUUCAUCAAUAAUUCCAUCUCUAGUUUAAAUUUCACUAAACUAAACACAGUGGGCCAGACCUUCAGCAUCGUCUCCAAUAGUGAGUUGAAAAACUUAUCCUUCUCUAACUUGACAACCAUCGGUGGUGCUCUUGUCAUUGCCAAUAACACACACUUACAAAAAAUUGAUGGUUUCAACAAUCUAACCACCAUUGGCGGUACUCUGGAAGUCAUUGGCAAUUUCACAGUUUUGGAUUUGAACUCUUUGAAAUCUGUCAAGGGUGGUGCCGAUGUUGAAUCCAAAUCAAGCAACUUCUCCUGUAACGCUUUGAAAGCCUUGCAGAAGAAGGGCGAAAUCAAAGGUGACUCGUUUGUUUGCAAGAACGGUGCCACUUCUACGUCUGUCAAACUAUCAUCCACCUCCAAACAGCAAUCGAGCCAAACAACUUCCAAGACCUCUUCCAAAUCUGAGGAAAGAAAGUUCACCGCUGGCGAUGUCAAAGCUGCUGUUUCUGCAUCCAGCGCUGCCAGUUCAAGCUCAAAGAGCUCUAAGGGCAACGCUGCCAUUGUGGCCCCAAUCUCCCAAGUUACUACAUUGAUUGGGCUUUUGACCGCUACCAUCAUGUCCCUGAUAUAA